UUUUUUUGUUUUUUUUUUUUUCUCCUCUGUGUGUCUCUCUCAAGCGAUUGCAUUCUCCAGAGGUGGUACCUCCAACAAUCUGACAGCCUCUACAUCCAUAUUAUUAUUAUUAUUUUUUAUUAUUACUAGUAUUAUUUUUCCUCCAGAAUGACAGAAAAUCGCGGAGCCUGGUAACACUGUAGCCAAUUGCGCCCGGGUUUGGAGCUCUUAUAUCAGGCGGAUCAUCCUCAACCGGGCAGCGGAUGCCUGAAUGGAGAUUGCGAGCCAUCCACACAAGAUUUCUCCGCGUCCUAAAUUGGCGAAUUUGGGCUGAUAAAUGGAGCUUUCCGUCGGGCUACAUGGCGUUACGCUUCACCAAGGGUGUUUGACAUCGGAGCGACUGGCCAGAAUAACACUCUGCAGUGUGAAUAUUUCAGCCUGUUGAUGAUGAACCGCUCAGGACUGGAGCAAAGUGUCGUGAGAACCGGUUUAUGGCCCGUGUCUUGAGCUGAAGAAGUGGGCAAGAGAGUGAGGAGGACAAAAACAAAACAAAACAAGGAAUCCUAUUUUUUUUUUGUUGUUGUUGUUGUUGAUGGCUCCGAAGUGGAGGGAGGACGACUACACAUGAAACAACCCUGGACACUAAAAAAUGGAUAAAACUAUUGCAUGAAAGCAGGCGGAGAGGGGGAACUGCAUGGUGUGUUUUAGGGCCUACUUGAUAACAGUGAAGUUGAAGUGAAAAAAAAAAAAAAUGAGAAAAUGGUGAUGUGGUACGAAGAAGGCGAGAAGAGGAGCCGGAGUGAGGAAUAAAAACAACAACAACAAAACAAUUUACAAAAAAAUUCUAUGGGGAUCUGAGCAGCUGAAGAAUAACGGAAUCCAAGUUUUUUUUCUCUCUCUCGUGGACAAGACAACUGCUUUGAUUAAAAGAUAUCCAAUUAACUUCAUGUGAAAAACACAGGGAGGAAAUCAGCUUCCUGGUCUGGGGGGUGGGGGGGUGGGGGUUAGAAAGAUAUAUUAUUCAUGCCUUGUGUUAGAGAAAUUGGAGAACCGGCUUUGCUGUGGCCUAGAUGAUACAUACAUAUAUAUAUAUUUAUAUAUAUGUAUAUUUUUCACAUCAAAAUGAACCCUUAAGAGGAGGUGGACCUUAAAGACACACAAAAAAAGAGAGAGGGCGAAUGACACUCUUGUAGCCUCAAAGUAAAGCACUUGCGCAAAACGACAAAAAAAGAAAAAAAAGAAGAGAGGCUGAAGUGGGUUGAAGCAUGGGCUGUGCUUCAAGUAUUCAUAUCUCUGAUAGGGUGGUCUACCACAGUGGAAAAGAGUCCGAGGAUUCCCACUCACCCCAGCAGACUAAUACCACUCAGCAUCAAGGAAAUCCUGCCUCUGGACUACCCCUAAAACCCCCUAGCUGCAAGACCACAUUAACAGAGGUGCAAUUUGGACCAAUGAAGUUACUUAAAGACCCACUUCAGGUACUUUUAGUUUUUGCCAAAGAGGACAGUCAGAGCAAUGGCUUCUGCUGGGCAUGUGAGAAGGCCAACUUCAGGUGCAGCAUGGCGCGAACACCCGAGUCGGCUCUUGAGUGCUUCUUGGAGAAGCAUCACGACCUCGUCAUCAUUGACCACAGACAUUCCAGACACUUUGACGCUGAAGCACUAUGCCGGUCAAUUAGAGCGGUCAACUCUGCAGAAAACACUGUGAUAGUCGCCGUUGUGAAAAGGCCAGACAGAGAGGAAGCCUCUGUGAUGCCACUGAUCAAUGCCGGCUUUAAUAGGAGAUAUGUGGAAAAUGCCAAUAUGAUGGCCUGCUACAAUGAGCUGCUACAGUUGGAGCAUGGAGAGGUGCGGGCACAGUUCAAACUGAGGGCUGGCAAUGCUAUUUUCACUGCUCUAGAACAAAGCCAAGAGGCCAUAGAGAUCACUUCUGAAGAUCAAGUAAUUCAGUAUGUGAAUCCUGCCUAUGAGUCCAUCAUGGGCUACCAACAAGGCGAGCUAAUAGGGAAGGAAAUAAUAGAAGUGCCUAAAAGUGAGAAGAAUAAGCCUGAUCUCCUUGAAACAAUAAACUCCUGCAUACGGAAAGGAAAGGAGUGGCAGGGGAUUUAUUAUGCCAAAAAGAAGAAUGGAGACAGCAUUCAGCAAAAUGUGAAGAUCACACCUGUAAUUGGACAGGGAGGAAAAAUCAGACACUAUGUGUCUAUCAACAGGCCUUUAAAUGAUAAUAAUAAGAGUGAUAAAUCCAGUGAACGUGUGCAGGCAGAGUCUCAGACAGACAUACAAUCCAGUAAGCACAAAGACCGGAGGAAAGGCUCUCUGGACGUAAGAUCCACAACGUCUCGGGGGAGUGAUGGGAGCUCGCAGCGAAGACACUCGUCAAUGGCCCGAAUCCACUCCAUGACCAUAGAGGCUCCCAUCACCAAGGUAAUCAACAUCAUCAACGCAGCGCAGGAAAGCAGUCCCAUGCCCGUGGCAGAGGCCUUGGAUCGUGUACUGGAGAUCCUGAGGACCACUGAGCUUUACUCCCCACAGCUGGGCACCAAGGAUGAAGAUCCCCACACGAAUGACCUCGUGGGGGGGCUGAUGACGGAUGGUUUACGCAGAUUGUCAGGAAAUGAAUACAUCUUUUCCACAAAACAGCCCCACCAUCUCCCCAGUCACCUGACAACUCCUCUGUCACUAAAUGACAUCCCCCCUCGCAUCGCCCAGACCAUGGAAAAUGAGGACUCUUGGGACUUUGACAUCUUCAACUUGGAAGCUGCAACCCUGAAACGGCCUUUGACCUACUUGGGCCUGAAGAUCUUCUCCCGCUUUGGGGUCUGCGAGUACUUAAACUGCCCUGAAGCCACUCUGCGCUCCUGGCUACAAGUAAUUGAAGCGAACUACCACUCCAGUAACUCCUACCACAACUCUUCCCAUGCAGCUGAUGUCUUGCAUGCAACAGCAUAUUUUCUCUGCAAGGAGAGAGUCAAGCAAAGCUUGGAUCACAUCGACGAGGUAGCCGCUCUGAUUGCUGCCACUGUGCACGAUGUGGACCAUCCGGGCCGAACCAACAGCUUUCUGUGCAACGCGGGGAGCGAGCUGGCAAUCCUCUACAAUGACACAGCUGUGCUAGAAAGUCACCACGCGGCGCUGGCCUUCCAGAUCACCACGAGAGAUGAUAAGUGCAACAUCUUCAAGAACAUAGAGAGGAACGAAUAUCGAACAUUACGACAGGCCAUCAUUGACAUGGUGCUCGCAACCGAGAUGACCAAACACUUUGAACACGUCAACAAAUUUGUCAACAGCAUCAAUAAGCCGCUGGCUGCUCUGGAGGAAAAUGGGGGUAACAGUGAUGAGGAAUCUGUCAAAAGCAUCCUGACGUCUCCCGAGAAUCGCAUCCUCGUCAAGCGGAUGCUGAUUAAGUGUGCAGACAUCUCCAAUCCAUGCAGGCCUCUGGAGCUCUGUAUAGAAUGGGCCGGACGCAUCUCAGAGGAGUAUUUUGCACAGACGGACGAGGAGAAGAGACAAGGUCUACCAGUGGUUAUGCCUGUGUUUGACAGAAACACAUGUAGCAUCCCAAAGUCCCAGAUUUCCUUUAUAGACUACUUCAUUACGGACAUGUUUGAUGCAUGGGAUGCUUUUGCAGACCUCCCCAAUCUUAUGCAGCACUUGGACAACAACUUCAAGUACUGGAAAGGCCUGGACGAGAGGAAGCUGCACAGCCUGCGACCACCUCCAGAGUAGCAGCGCUGCAGCGUUCGGCCCUGGGACCCUGCAUUUCCGGGGCGGACCUCCUCUCUCCUGCUGGGGCGUCUCUCUCCCUGCCAGCCCAGUCAGCCAAAGGGGCCUCCUCGCCUUCACCCUCCUGCUUCUGUAGCACGCCGAGCAUCCACAUGUCCGUCCAUACAGAAACCACAGAAGGACUUCCUGACGGGCGGUUUCGCGGCAGUAACGUUGCCGGCUUUUUUUUUUUUUUUUUUUACAAGCCUGUCAGAUGAGAACUGUGACAAAACAGACACACAGCAUCCUUUAUGAACUUCUUGUGCCCCUCAGGCAUUUUGCAGUGUAGCUGGUCAAGUGACAUGACUGAGAGGGGGGGAGGGAGGGAGGGGGAGGGUCGUCGCAGGUCUCCUGGCAAAGCAUCCGUCCCCUGAUCACCACGUGGGAACUCCUGUUUGCCUGUGAAGUUGCUGUUUGAGUUUGAAAAAAAACAAAUAAACUGCUUGUUUCCUGAAGGAGCGGAUGGAAGUGCGGUCUGCAAAUGAAGGUGUCCGAUCCACGUCAGGCCAUAUAAUCACUUUUGACCUCCAUCCCUGUGCUCGCAGCAAGACAGGACUGCUCCUUCAACCCCUGGAGGCCACACCAUGAAAGAACACUCCACUGCUUUUUUUUUUUGUUUGUUUGUUUGUUUGUUUAUUUUCGGGCAAUAUUUUCACGUGUCCUUCAGAAACACAUCCGAGUUGACACGUAAGCUGUCACACAACAGACAUGUGAGAGGGGGAUGCUGUCUUCGUGGGUCGGGGAGUGGACCUUUAUCGGAGGCCACCGCUGAGAGACAAACACCUCAACAUCAUGAUCAUAGGUAUCUAAUUACAGAUGAUUUGGUAUGUUAAUUUUUCUUAGAUGUUCCAUAUUUUCUAUAUUAAAAUUCAUAAAUGAAUUAGUUGAUAAAUAAGAACAAAAUGAAUUUAAAAAGAUAGCGACAGAGUGAGAGAGAGAGAGAAAGAGAAGAAAAAAAAAAGCCAAAGCUAAUAAAGACAAACGCUACUAUAACUCUCAAAAAAAAAAUUCACAAUUAUUAUUCAUAUGAAGCAUUACCAUAUUAAACAUUUUUAUUUUCUUAUCAAAAGUACAGUACCAGUUUGAAUGAACACUUUUGUAUUGCACUGUAAACAAUAUUAGAAAUGUCUACGUCUCAGUGAUUUGUCCAGGGAUGGGAUGUUGCAUUGGAGAAUAAGCUGUUAUCGUCGAUCAUCAGGAGUUUGUGUGUGUGUGCGCGUGCGUGUGUGUGAGUACGUGUGGGUAUGUUGUAGUUGUCGGUGCGAGUGUGUGGGUGUAUUCAUUGUUGCAACAAUCCCGUACUCUUGGUUUAAUGCUGUAAACCGCUUGACAUUUGACAACAGCAGAAA